GAGGGGGUAGUAUAACACUUAAUAUACUAAUGAGGUUGCCAACUUUCCAAUCUCAUUUAAGUUCCCCCACAUGUUUGUUAUGUUAGCACACAAGACAGAAAGCCAUAGAAUUAGCAUCCCAAUACAAUUUCCAAUUUUGGGGAGUUCUGCUUUUUUAUAUUAAGUGAUGCCAAAGGAAGUUAGAAAAAUGAUUUCAAAGAAAAUUGAAGGUAUAGUAAAUAAAGAUGAACCACUGUCUCUCACUAUUAUAAGUGUCCACAAAGUGGCACAAAGUUGCAUUGCCACAGACUAGUCACAUAAGGCAAGAUAUUGAACCACUCAGGGCUUCAGUUUCUUCAUUUACAAAAAGAAGGGUGUUGAAGCCUUAAAAUCCCUUCCAAUUUACAUUUCUUUGAGUCUAUUAAAUGAUUAAAAGCAUGAAAAAUAACUUGAGAAAAUUUCAAUUUUACUAAAGAAUAGCAUCAUAAGAAAAAUUGAAGUCUCAAUUUUCAUGCAUGAUUAAAUAAGAGUGUGAAACUACUCUGAAAACCAUAUAAAUAUAAGAUGUGGUAAAUAAUCAUUUCUGCUGUAGCCUUUCCCAAAUACUUAAACUUUAUAUCUCUGUAAGAUUGCAAAGUUUCCCCUUACAUUUUUGUCUAAAGUUUAUAUGUAUAUUUUGGCCUCAACAGGUCAUUGAGAGUCGUUAAAUUUAUAUAUUUUCUCUCUUAUUCCUACUUUAAUAAGAGAAUAAAUUAGGGACUAACCUCAGACCUCGGACUAAGCCCCUAAUGCUGUUUUAGUCACUUUCUUUAAGGGCAAUUGAUUCCUCAAGGUUAGAAUAUUUACAUGUUGGCAGCUAACUACUUACAAGGUGGCACAACAUCUGGUUCAGAACACACAUUUCUAGAAAACCUCGGAGGGUAACCGUACCCAUCCUCCGUAAAAGGAGGGAAGAUCCAGCCUUUCUUUUUCCUUUUGCCCUCUAGCUUCACUUGGGGAAAGUAACAAGACACUUUAAGUCUCAGCAUGGAAGAAACCGCCUUUAUUGUGAAAUUUGCGGUUUCAUAUUUUCCUACAGAUUCAAAAUCCCGACACUUGAGGUCAGUCUGGGCAAAGUGAUCACUGUGAUUGAUAAUGUUAAAUUCAAGAACCGAAACACUAAUUGUCCCGUUUUACGCAAAAUGAUGAGGGCGAACAUUAUUAGAACAGUGAGAACGCCAGCCAAUCAGCUGACUCCAGCAGCAACGGCCCACUCGCUGCGCGCCCCCAGGACCGGGUGGGUGGGGCAAGCCGUUCCCCGUAAUUGAGUCUGCGUCAGCGUCGGCGCGCGCGCCACCUCCCGCCAUAGAGCCGUACUUCAACCAAUCAGGCUCCUGCAGAGUUCGCCGCUCCGCCCAGCCGCCGCCAGGGCCUCCUCAGAAGCGCAUGCGUAGGGUGGGGCCUGCUCCUUUGAAUCCCGGAGGCGGCAUUCGGACUUCAGAGGUUUGGGGCCCAACAGUGUGUCAGAACAUAUGCAGUAAUGUUGCCUCAAAAAAGAGUUAAGAACUCCCAGGCACAAAACAAUACUUCACAAGGUAGUAAUAGUCGUCAAACCAAGCUCUCAGCCUGGAGAGAAAAACAGGAUCAAAGUGACUCAAAGAGCAUCUCAAAACAUGGACAAAAGAGUCCCGUGGAAGAUUAUGAACAUGCUGAUGAUCAAGCUGAAGACACUUUGCAAAUAGCAGUGGGAUACUUUGAGAAAGGUCCCAUUAAAACUUCACAAAAUAAAGGUAAAACCUUGGAAAAGCACUUGAAAACUGUGGAAGAUGUGGCUUGGAAGAAUGGGUUAGCUCCAGAAGAAAUUGACAUUCUAUUAAAUGUGGCACUCAGUGGCAAAUUUGGAAAUGCUAUAAACACACGGCUAUUGAAGUGCAUGAUUCCAGCAACUCUAAUAUUAGAAGAUUCUGUGGUUAAGGCAGUCUCCUGGCUUUGUGUUGGCAAGUGUUCUGGUAGCAUCAAGGUACUUUUUUAUCGUUGGCUGGUUGCAAUGUUUGACUUUAUUGAUCAUAAGGAGCAAAUUAACUUGCUCUAUGGCUUCUUUUUUGCUUCAUUGCAAGAUGAUGCACUGUGCCCUUAUGUCUGCCAUUUUUUAUAUUUACUUACCAAAAAAGAGAAUGUCAAACCAUUUCGUGUGAGAAAACUGCUUGAUCUUCAAGCCAAAAUGGGAAUGCAGCCUCAUCUCCAGGCUUUGUUGUCGCUAUAUAAGUUCUUUGUUCCUGCUCUGAUUUCAGUAUCUUUGCCUGUAAGGAAGAAGAUCUAUUUUAAGAAUUCAGAGAAUCUUUGGAAGAUGGCUCUGAUUGCUGUGAGGCAAAGAAACCAGGGACCUUCUCCAGAACCGCUAAAGCUGAUGUUAGGCCCAGCUAAUGUUCGUUCUCUAAAAAGAAAAUGCAGUUCUCACUCACUUAUACCAGUGCUCAAUUCCAAUAGCUACACUGAACAAUGUGGAAAAAAAGAGAUUAGUCUUUCUGACUGUCUGAGUAACACUGGAUCAUUUCCACUAGAACAACUUCAAAGCUUCCCUCAACUCUUACAGAACAUUCAUCGUUUAGAGGUGCCUUCUCAGAUGGGCUCAGUGCUAAACAAUUCUUUGCUGCUUCACUAUAUUAAUUGUGUCAGAGAUGAGUCGAUUUUAUUGAGGCUUUAUUACUGGUUGAGUCAAACAUUACAAGAAGAAUGUGUUUGGAGCAAGGUGAAUAAUUAUGAUCGUGGAAAAGAAUUUGCCAACUUUCUGGAUACUAUCAUCAGGGCAGAGUCCUUCUUACAAGAGGGGUUUUAUUCCUGUGAAGCAUUCCUGUAUAAGAGCAUUCCUCUCUGGGAUGGCUUCUCUUGUCGAUCACAGUUCCUUCAGCUUGUGAGCUGGAUUCCUUUUAGUAGCUUCUCUGAGGUGAAACCGCUUCUUUUGGACCAUCUUGCACAGCUCUUCUUUACAUCAACCAUUUAUUUCAAGUGCAGUGUUCUUCACAGUCUGAAAGAGCUACUGCAGAAUUGGCUGUUGUGGCUUUCCAUGGAUAUCCAUAAACCUAUGAUGAACAGUCCUCUAGAGACAACUUUGGGUGGAUCCAUGAAUUCUCUGUCUAAACUGAUCGACUAUGUAGGGUGGCUGUCCACUAUUGCAAUGCGCUUGGAGGGCAACAGUAUUUUCUUGCUGCACUUUAUUUUGGAUUUCUAUGAGAAGGUAUGUGACAUAUAUAUAAAUUAUGACCUUCCGUUAGUGGUGUUGUUUCCUCCUGGCGUCUUCUAUCCUGCACUCCUCAGUCUGGAUACCACUGUUUUGAACCAGCUCUGUUACAUUAUGCACAGGUAUCGUAAAAAUCUGUCUGCUGCAAAGAAAAAUGAGUUGCAACAAAAGGCAAAACCACAGUUCAGUUUCAGCAGCAAGACCUAUGAAGAGUUUAAUCACUAUUUGAUAGCCAUGGUUGGUUGCCUGUGGACAUCCAAACCCUUUGAGAAGGGAAUAUGUAUUGACCCCCAAAUCCUAGAAAAAGCUGGAGUAGCAGAAUAUAAAAGCAGUUUAAAUUUGGUUCAUCACCCUUCUCUACUGAGUUAUGCUGUUUCCUUUUUGCUACAGGAAAGCCCAGAAGAAAGGACAUUAAACGUGAGCUCUAUUCGGGGAAAGAAAUGGAACUGGUAUUUGGACUAUUUAUUUUCAGAGGGGUUACAAGGCUUGCAGCUUUUCAUAAGAAGUAAUAUUCAUCGUUCUUCCAUCCCCCUGAUCAGAGAGCAUAUACCACAACAAUAUUAAAUGAAUGUUGACAUAAA